UCUUUCUCUUUCUCUCUCCUCUUUCUCUACCUCGUAUAUUUUCCCGCUACUUCAAAACUAAAACCCUAAUUCCAAAAAAUAUCCAAAAGAAUCAAUUUUUUCCCCCUAAUUUGAUCUUCUUUUAGCGGUUAAAGAUUCUCAGAAUUUUGAGAUGAUUGAGGUGAAGAAUGAGGAUGAGGAGUGGAACUUAAGGUCUCCUGAUGGUGUUACAAUUGCUUCGAGUUCGUCAAUAUCGAAUAGCAGUUGCGAUAAUGCUACCCCGAGAUCUAAUCCUUUGCACGGGAGGACAAGUGGUCCGACAAGACGUUCAACUAAGGGCGGGUGGACAGAGGAAGAGGACGAUCUUCUCACAGCUGCUGUAAAGAAAUACAAUGCUAAGAACUGGAAAAGAAUAGCUGAGCAUUUUUCGGGAAGGACAGAUGUGCAAUGCCUACAUCGGUGGCAAAAAGUUCUUAAUCCUGAACUGGUUAAAGGACCCUGGACAAAGGAGGAGGAUGAUUGCAUAACUGAGAUGGUUCAGAAAAAUGGUUGCAGGAGCUGGUCUGUCAUUGCAAAGUGUUUGCCUGGUCGAAUAGGGAAGCAAUGUCGGGAGAGGUGGCACAACCAUCUUGACCCUUCAAUAAAGAAAGAUGCAUGGACAAAGGAGGAAGAAUCACUUCUCACCUAUUAUCAUCAGAUAUAUGGAAAUAAGUGGGCAGAGUUAGCAAAAUAUCUUCCAGGAAGGACAGACAAUGCCAUAAAAAACCACUGGAAUAGCUCUUUAAAAAAGAAGUUGGAUGCAGCAUCGCUUCAUAGUUAUACCCAAAGUGUAAAAAAGGCUACAUUUGAAAUGAACUGUUUUGAGAGAAAGUUAGAUCUCUUCAGAGUCCAAGCAGCUGCAAGUUUCUAUGAAGAAAGUGGCACAGCCUCACUCUAUGGUAUUGAAACUUGCUCUACCGAAUUAGCCCUUGGAAAUACUACUGGAAAAGCUUAUCGGUCAACCAGGAUGUUGUUUGGUGAAAAUGAUGCCACUCUUGGUACAGCUACUACGGGUACCUGUUUGAAUCUUUCGACAAUGACAAAGUAUAAGGCUAUACCUGUAACUAUGUUAUCAGUUGAUUCUCCCAAAAGGCCUCGCAAUGGUGGUGUUCCUGUUGAUUUAGACAAGUCCUUCCUGAGUUUAGCAAUGUCUGGUUUCAGGGAGGAGGAUACUCAGGGGAAUAAGAAAAACAAAGUUAAUGGUACAUCUACAGAUUCUGCAGAUAUAAGAAGUUACAGCAACCUGUGCUAUGAGCCUCCUCAAUUAAGAAUUUCAAAAUCUGGUCAGGUAUAUGGAGUCGAUUAUGUAGAGAACAACGAUUUUAAAACUAAUAGUCCAUUGUAUUUUUCUACACCGCCAAGUCAUGUAAGAACUCCUACUACAAGUGGUGGCAGUCCAGAAUCUAUAUUGAGGAACUCUGCAAUGAGCUUUAACGUGCCUUCUAUUAUAAGAAGGAAAAGUUCAAGCAAUUCUAUCAGGAAAGGAAUGGGAAGGAAAGAUGUCGGGAAGGCUGAGACUUUAGCUGCUCAUAAAUCUGUUGAGCGAUGCCUUGAACUUUCAUUUGACGAGGAAGCUGAUCUUGUUGGACUGAAAUGUGGUACCUCUGUUGCAACUUUGGAUGAUGGUGUUAGCUUGAAGACGAUGUCAAUAUCUUGAAACCGGCCCUUUGGCUACGAAACUGUUCUUUCUGCGGCUAUUAAGGAGGCUAGCAACUUAUACGAGAAAUAAAGAGUAAGAUUCGACCUGCAAAGGUGAAGAGAAUGGCAUGUUUCAAAUUUUGAUCUUUUCCAAAGCUUUCAGUUCGUUGGUUAACAAGUUUUGGAAUCAUUCAUAUAAGAGUACAUAUUACAGAGUACUUUCCAAUAAAAUUUGGUUGUACGGGAAGAAAGAAGUUGGAAGUGAUGAUGAUAAAUUGAUAAUCAAGGGUGUAGCGAAGCUUCCUUUUGGUUUUCCAUUAGUGUUUUAAAGCAUACUUAGCCAAUUAAUGUGCUUGGCAAUUGGAUGUUCAUGUAACUUGUUUGGUUCUCUAGUGAAAUAAAGUGUUGAAAAAUGAGAUCUCUUA